UACAUGCUCAAAUGAAGCUGUUCUCAAAAUGUCGGUGCUUGUGAGCUGAUGUGUAGCUUUAGCCCAUGCAGACCUGCGGGAAAACAGCGAUCAAAACUACGUAAUCAUCCUUCAGCAAAAUGGCCAGCGCAACGCAAGAUGAAAACGCUUUGGUAGAACGAGUGUUUCUUCGCAUUGGAGCAGCAGAAACAGAUGAACAGCUGGAAUCUUUUCUGAGCAAAUUUCUUGCACCAGUUUUGCUAAAGCUGAAUAGUCCAGAAGAAACAGUGAGGAAAAAGGUCAUGGAGCUGCUGGUGCAUGUCAACAAGCGCCUAAAGAGUCGGAGUAAAGUUCUUUUACCAGUUGAAAGUCUUCUGGCCCUCUUCCAGGACCCGAGCUCCACGCCUUUCAUUACAAACUUCACUAUUCUGUACAUAAAGAUGGGUUAUCCUAGACUGGAACCUGAAAUGCAGGCAGAUCUUGUACCUCUGCUAAUGAAAUGUCUCCCAAAUAGACCUCCAAAUCAUCAGGACAGUCUGCUGCAGCUGAUGAUUUCUGCGCUCCAACAUAUUAAGAUGCCUCGUACAGUGGAGGAGCGACGAGAGUUGUUUAAGCUGGAGGAGAGUCCACAGACACGGCAACUUUUGCUGGACUUUAUGAUGGAUGUCCUUCUACUACCUUACAGCUACCAUGUUCCCCAAGUUCCUGUUGCUUCUGGAGAGAGUCCUGCAGUGGCAUCUCCUCCAUCACAGCCACCACCACCAGGGCUCAGUGAGAAGGCAUUGAAACGUGUUUUGGGAGAAUCUCCUUUGUCCCCAGAGAACUUGGAGAAGGCAAAGCUGGGUGUUUUGAGCUUUCUGAGCAGUGAAGUUUUGUCUGAAUCGGAAGUUGCUUGCCAUUUUGUCAUUGCAUCUUCAGACACUCGCCAUAGUGUGGCAACCUCAGCUGACAUGGAACUCAAGAAAAUAAUGGGAAGUGUGGACUGGAAUUCCAAAGAACUGCUUACAAAGCUGUUUUCCAUCUUCCAAGGGUCUGUUGCUGUCAAAGGACAGCCUGCUCUAAAACCAGAUGAGCGCAGAUCUCCUGUUUGUACAAGGAUUCGCUUGAAAAUAUUUCCCUUUUUCCUACGUGCAAGGGAGGCAGUCAACAUGUUUCCGUCAUGCAUUCAGGUGGUGUUUGACUGUUUGUUUGGCACAAAUCAGCAUGCAAAACUUCGCUCCAUGGCUGUGCAGUUUGUACACCACAUGUGCCUGAACUGUGAUGACGCCAUAUUUGCCAUGGUUGAUGCAGUUCUUCUUUCGGGAAUGGUUAAAGUCAUCUCAGAGGCGAAGGAAGAUCCUAAGCUUCGUGGCCUGGCCUACGUAGCUGCAGGAAAGAUAUCACGUCGCUCACCCCACAGAGUUGCCAAAGACAUUGCAAUGGUGCAGCAGUUUUUUGAUGCCAUGUGCCAGGAAGAUGCUGAGACAAGACUUGCAGUUCAGGAGGCCUUGUCUAUGAUGUCUUCUGCAUUUAAAGACAUUGACAAGACUAAUCUUCAACUGCUUGAAGCCUUACUCAUGCAAAACAUUGACAAGGUGGAGCCACAGGCUCGGGUAGUUGCUGUACAGUAUGCUGCAGCAGUCUUCCCUUCAGACCAUGUCCUUUCUCGCUACAUUCUCAUGCUUGGGGCAGGUGAUGUGAAAGAUGAUGUUCGUCUUGAAUCUGUGAAAGCCUUGCGGUCAGUGGCAAGGUCUGAAGACAAGGUUGACAAGAUACCAGAGAAAGAAAAGCUGGCAGAUUUUGUAGCUAUGAUCAGCUUUAUUAAAGAAAAGGCUGCCAUAAGGGAGGCAACCCAGCACAAGUAUACUGUUGGAAAUGCUGUGAUGCCCUUUAACCCUUUGACAUACACAGAAAUUGUAAUUUACUUGCGGAUGUGUCUGGCUCAAUGUGCUGGGUGUCAGCCUACACCAGUUUUCAGUGAGAUGCAGGAGCAGGCACCCAGGGUGGCAGUUUAUGUCAGGCAGCUGCUGUCACAGUAUCCUCUUGACACUGGUCCCAUAGCUUGGUACAUCGACAUGUUGCGUCAGCUUCUCACUGCUAUUUCAGGUCAGGAAGCCAUGUAUUGUCUCUUGGAAGUGGUUGCCAUGGCACCCAGCAAGCUGGCACCAUAUUUUCUAAAACAUAUCGAGUGGUUAAAGGGAUUUAUCACAUCACCCAAAGAUGAGAUCAAACAAUAUGCAGCUGAACUGUAUGCUGUUAUUAUGGUUACCACUUCAAGCUCACAGCAGCUGCUUGGUGCUAUUGAAGACUUUAAACGUGGCUUGUCUGAUAAGAAUCCUGAGGUCCAGCAAGGAUCACUGCUAGCACUUGGUCAUCUUGUUGGGUACUGGUGUCGAGCAAGUUCCUGUAGUGAUAUGCAGGUAGAGGAUAUGGAACAUGAUGGUGAUAAGUCCAGCAAGAAUCCUUCAUCAAAGGAUGCCGUGAUCACCAGUUGUAUCAAACAGAUAUAUGCCUUCUUUGAAGUGGAAAAUGCAGGAUUAAAAGUGGCUAUGUGCAUGGCACUGGGAGAAAUUGGAAAGAGUACAUCACUGCCAUUACCAGCUGGUGGCGAAGGUGAUGCAGAAGGGGAGAUAACCAAAUUGUCCAUUUUAAACAAGUUGAUUGGUCUUAUCAAAACUGUAAAAGAGAUCAAUAAGACCAAAGAGAGGGCAGCACUGAGUGUUGGGUGCUUGUGUGUUGGCGACAGGGAGUUUCCUCAUCGCAGGCAAGCCAUGAAUGAUCUGUUUCAAUCUGUGCAGAGCAAGCAGGUGGAGCUACAGUUUAGCAUUGCCUCGGCUUUGAUGUGGACAGCUUUAGGUGCCAAGGCACCAGUGGGCCGUAACACCUGGACACAGACUGAGGAUGAUUAUCAAGCCUCACUGGCAGGACUAGAUGACGAUGUAGACUGGUACUUAACACAGCUCUUAUCUACAUAUGUACCACAUGCUAACCCUCACACGAGACAGGCUGCCUGCAUAUGGCUUUUGACACUAGUUAAAGAAUGCAGCAGACAUGCAGCUGUACAGUCACGUCUUUUGGAAAUUCAGCGAGGCUUCAUGCAGUUGCUGUCAGAGUCUGAUGAGGUGACACAAGACAUAGCCUCAAAGGGUCUUGGUCAUGGUUAUGAGAUCUGCACCCCUCAGCAAAAGGACAUGCUAGUCUCAGAACUGGUCGACACACUCAUGACAGGAAGAAGAGCCAAGCAAGACAUAAGUGGUGAAACAACAUUGUUUGAGGGUGAUGCUCUUGGCAAGACACCUGAUGGAGGAGGUUUAUCGACUUACAAAGAGCUUUGUGCCAUAGCCAAUGAUUUAAACCAGCCUGAUCUUAUAUACAAGUUCAUGCAUCUGGCCAAUCAUAAUGCUACCUGGAAUACCCGCAAGGGUGCAGCCUUUGGAUUUUCAACAAUAGCAGCUCAGGCUGGAGAGCAGCUGGCACCGUACCUGAGUCAGAUUGUGCCACGACUGUACCGAUACCAGUUUGACCCCAACCCUAAAAUACAGCAGGCCAUGACAGGCAUCUGGAAUGCUCUUGUUAAAGAUAACAAAAAUACAGUUGAUAGAUUCCUGAAGGAAAUCGUGUCUGACCUCCUGAAGAAUCUGACCAGCAACCAAUGGAGAAUCCGAGAAUCAAGCUGUCUUGCUGUCACGGAUUUGCUGAGGGGGCGUCAGGUAGACAGCAUUGUUGAUGACUUCCCAGAACUAUGGGAACAAUGCCUACGUGUUAGAGAUGACAUUAAGGAAUCAGUUCGAAAUGCAGCAGAUGAGGCAUGUAAAACUCUUAGCAGGGUAUCCAUAAGGAUCUGUGAUCCAGAGAACGGCAAGAGUGGUGAGAAAGCUACAUGUGUUAUCUUGCCAUGUCUGCUGAGUGUUACCCUUCAGAGUUCAGUGUCAGAAGUUCGAGCUAUUGGGCUGUCCACAAUACUUCAGAUCAGCAAGAAAGCUGGACCUCUGUUGAAGCCACAUAUCCCGAUCCUUGUGACAGCACUUCUUGAAGCUCUGAGUGGUCUUGAGCCCCAGGUCCUUAACUAUCUCAGUUUCCACACCAGUAGCCAGGCAACACAGGAAAAACUUGACAAAGCACGUAUUGCUGCAUCAAAGACCUCACCUAUGAUGGAAACAGUGAACAGAUGUGUACAGUAUGUGGACGAGGAUGUCCUCACUGAACUGGUGCCUAGACUUUCAGACCUAAUCAAGAGAGGCAUUGGUGUAGGAACCAAGGCUGGCUGCUCUAGCUUCGUGGUGUCUCUUGUUCACCAGUGUCCACAUGAACUUGCCCCUCAUGCAGGUAAACUCAUGAGUGCCUUCUUGCAGGGAUUGAAUGAUAGGAACAGUUCUGUGAGAAAAUCUUUUGCGGUUGCUCUGGGUAAUCUUGUUAAGAUUGCAAAAGAUAGCAGCACAGAAAAACUGAUUGCACGACUGAAAGCUUGGUACCUGGACAACGAAAGUGGUGUUGUUCGCCAGGCUUGUGGUGUGACUCUUCAUGCCAUAAGCCAGAAUGCAUCGGACCAUCUUAAACGCCAUGGCAGUCUAGCAGUACCUUUAGCAUUUUUUGCUAUGCAUGAAGAGAAAACAGAAGAAGAGAUAAAGAGCAAUGAAUCAUCGGAGUGGGAAGAUGUAUGGUCAGAAAUUACUCCAGGAAUGGAGGCUGGGAUCCGAUUAUACCUGUCAGAAAUUACUUUAUUGCUGAUGGAACUUUUGGAAGCCUCAGCAUGGACGACUAAAGCUCAAGCUGCUCGAGGCAUAACAACUGUUGCGGAGCGAUUGGGUUCCAAGCUAGGGCCUCCUCAUCUUGGACAACUGUUAAAUGCACUGGAUUCAGCUCUGCUGAGUCGCACCUGGACUGGCAAGGAAGCUUUAUUAAAAGCUUUGUCAGCAAUCUGCCUCUCUUGCAAAGAAGCAGUUUUACAAGAGGGAGAUGCUACUUUUAACAAGAUUGUGGAGACUGCUGUGCGGGAGAGCCGUAAAGAACAGGCAGACUAUCGGCUAGCAGCCCUCCAGACUCUUGGUGGGAUACUGGAGUUGUAUCAGCAUGACUGCUUUAAAGAUGUGUGGCAGAUAAUAUCACCAGCUCUUCUUCAGAUGAAAGAUGAAGAUAAAGAGACUGACACAGCAAAAAAGGAGGAGCAGUGCCGAGUGUACUAUGUUGUUUUAGGCCAAGCCUGGUCCACUACUGCUGCAACUCAAGUGGAAUUCAGCAAGUCCUACCUGAAUCUUUUAGUGGCUGGAUUACCUCUUAGCACCUGGAAGGUGCAGGUUGCAAUUUUGCAAGCUUUUCGCAAGUACAUGGAAAGGCUGCAGGAAUUCCAAACAGAAAAUCUCUUGUCUUCCUUAAACCGAGCAGCCUCAGAUGCGCAGACCAUCCUAAGAGCUGUGAUACCAUGUUUAGGAAACCUCAAAUAUGCGGUCAUACGAUCAGAAGCUGCUGCUGUCAUAGAUCUCAUUGUCUCCAGACUGGCAGAUGUGAAGCAGCUUGAAGUAAUUCCCCUCACCCUUCGGCAAGAACUGCACCAAGCUCUGAUGCCUCUGUCGACUGAUGGGCCAUAUGAGUUACGAGAAACAUGCAGCCGCUUGCUGAAGACAGUGGCCUAGGUCAACAUCAAACUGAUAAAUAUUUCAGGGUGACUUUUUGAAUCUGGAUGAAGAACAGAAGGGUUGAUUCCAUUUGAAGUUUUUUGGGAAAAUGUGCUUUGAGUGC